ACUUCCGGCCGAUCGGCACACGAGGUUUUCAAGAUGGCGGAGGAAAAGGGAGAGACGGAGACACGCAGAUCGCAUAAAAAGUCAGAAAUGCAGAAUCAGGACGUUGAAGAAAAUGGUUACGAAGAAGAACCUGAUUUUAGUGACCCUGAAGGAUUCGUCGAUGAUGUCACGGAUGAGGAAUUAUUAGGAGAUCUGCUGAAAUCUAAGCCAAAAGAAUCUGAUGGCAUUGACUCUGUGAUUGUAGUGGACAACGUACCUCAAGUUGGUGCUGAAAGAUUAGAAAAACUACAAAAUGUUAUUCGUAAAAUCUUUUUAAAAUUCGGAAGAAUUGUUACGGAGCAUUAUCCUAAGCAGGAUGGGGUCACAAAAGGGUAUAUUUUUCUGGAGUACUCCUCUCCUCUGCAUGCUCAAGAGGCUGUGAAAACUGCCAAUAACUACAAGCUGGACAAACACCACACAUUUGCUGUAAAUCUCUUCUCGGACUUUGAUAGAUACACUAACAUCCCUGAUGAGUGGGAGCCUCCAGAGGUGCAGCCUUACAAAGACACGGGUAACCUCCGUUCUUGGUUGAUGGACCCAGACUGUUCUGACCAGUACAGUGUGAUCUACGAUGCAGGGGAGAAAACUGCGAUCUUCUUCAAUACUCCCCAGGAGGCCAAGCUUGUUGAGGAGAGAGCUAGGUGGACAGAGACAUAUGUGAGGUGGUCCCCUAAGGGCACAUACCUGGCCACCUUCCAUCAGAAGGGCAUUGCACUCUGGGGUGGGGAGAAGUUCAAACAGAUCAUGAGGUUUAUGCAUCAGGGUGUCCAGCUCAUUGACUUCUCACCAUGUGAAAGAUACGUUGUGACAUUCAGUCCUCUACCUGACAACAGAGAAGACCCCCAGGCCAUUAUUAUAUGGGAUGUCCGAACCGGCCACAAGAAGAGAGGCUUCCACUGUGAAAACCAAUCAACAUGGCCUAUAUUUAAAUGGAGUCCUGAUGGACAGUACUUCGCCAGAUUAGGACAAGAUUGCAUUAGUAUCUAUGAAACACCAUCAUUUGGUAUGCUUGAGAAAAAGAGUUUAAAGAUUCAAGGUGUUCGAGACUUCACCUGGUCACCCACAGACAACAUGAUAGCAUAUUGGGUGCCUGAGCAGCAGAACGUCCCCUGUAGGGUGACACUGAUUGAGAUCCCAAGCAGGAAGGAGUUGUGCAUCAAGAACCUGUUCAGCGUGGCCGACUGUAAGAUGCACUGGCAGAAAAACGGGGAUUACCUCUGCAUGAAGGUGGACAGGUAUUCCAAGGCUAAGAAGGUGGAGGAGAAGGAACAGUGGAAAUAUAGUGGCAUGUAUUACAACUUUGAGUUGUUUAGGAUACGAGAGAAGCAGAUCCCAGUAGAUAAAGUGGAAUGUAAAGAUGUGAUCCAUGCCUUUGCCUGGGAGCCGACAGGUUCUAAGUUUGCCUUCAUUCACGGAGAGAGCCCCAGGAUAUCUGUGUCUUUCUACAACAUCAAGCCUGCUGGCAAGGUGGAGCUUAUAAAAACUUUGGAGAAGAGACAAGCUAAUCACCUGUUCUGGUCACCUAUGGGGCAGUUUGUUGUCGUGGCAGGCCUCAGAAACAUGAGUGGUGUGAUGGAGUUUGUGGACACAUCUGAUGUCACAGUCAUGGCCCAGACAGAGCACUUCAUGGCCACAGACGUGGAGUGGGACCCAACAGGCCGAUACGUGGCAUCCGCUGUCAGCUGGUGGGGACACAAGGUGGACAAUGCCUACUGGAUCUGGAGCUUUCAGGGUCGUCUUCUGCAGAAACAAACUCUAGACAGGUUCUGUCAGUUCCUGUGGCGACCACGCCCACCUUCUUUGCUCACGCCGGAGAUGAUCAAGGAAAUCAAGAAGAACAUGAAGAAGUAUGCCACUCAGUUUGAGCUGAAGGACAGGAUGAGCCAGUCUAAGGCCUCAAAGGAAAUCAUUGAUCGUCGGCGUAAAGCAAUUGAGGAGUUCACUCAGUACAAGAAGGACAAAGCUGCUGAGUUUAAGGAGGGCAAGCAGAGGAGGCUGGAGCUGAGAAAUGGCAUAGACACAGAUGAGAUACACAGUCACGUGGAGAAUUUCGAGGAAGAGACCAUUGAAUUCUUGAUAAAAGUUGAGGAAAAGAUUCUCGAGGACGAGUAGACUGCCGAAGAAGAAAACUGUUUCCGAGGGGUUAAAGGUCACCAGGUCACCUUUGACCUCCUGUCAUAAUAUCGUCGCUCAUCUUGAAAACUUCGUCUCCACCUACCAUCUUGUCCAGAGACGAAGCAACCAGUCAUGUGUUUGGAGAAAGAGGCAAUGUUGUUAUUGAAUUUUAAUGGGAGUUGCCCUUGUUGGUCUGCGGGAAGUUUGUUCCGUAUAACAAGUCACGCGUCCUUAACUAAAAAUUAUAGAAAAUCUGCAAAAGAAAAGUUGCAAUUUUUUUGGUUAGCUGUAAACGUAUCUCUGCUGCUUGUAGUCAGAUAUGGAGGAAUCAACAGUGCUUCGUUAUAUAACCAUUUUUCUGGCCAUUUCCCUGCCCCCUUUAGGUUAUGUUCUCAACCACUAGCAUCUGUCACAUUUAAUACUACUGCUUACUCUGGUAAAAUGAAUGUCUGUAGAAUAUGUGAAUAUUCAGCAAUUAAUAUUAAACUCUUAAUGACUA